AUGAAGAGGGACUUCACUUGGGUGCAAUCUCUAGGCUUUCUGUUUGGCACCCAUAAACUCUUCAUUGGUGCCCAAAAGACAGCAAAAUGGGAUGACUCCAUAGACCGCCUUUCGUUAGCCUUAGACGGAGAGCCCAUAUACCUCCCUGAUGGGGAAGGCGUGAAGUGGAAGGAAGAAAUAUCACCAAGAGUGACCAUCACAAGGUCUAGCGACGCAAAUGCUGUUGUCAUCGAAGUGGAAGACAAUUUCAAGAUCAAGGCAACCGUGGUGCCUAUUACAAUGAAAGAUUCAAGAAUUCAUAACUAUGGCAUUACCUCGGAGAAUUGCUUUGCACAUCUUGAUUUGAGCUUCAAAUUCUACGCAUUGAGUGGUGAUGUGAAUGGUGUUCUAGGCCAGACAUAUGCUAGCAACUAUGUGAGUAGGGCUAAGAUGGGGGUUCUCAUGCCUGUUUUGGGAGGUGAAAAGGAAUUUUCAUCCUCAAAUCUUUUUGCUACAGAUUGUGCUGUUGCUCGAUUUACCGGUCAGCAUCCUUGGAGCAAUUCUUCGGAGGAUUUCGAGUAUGCCAACUUACAUUGUGCUAGUGGAAUGGAUGGUCGUGGAGUUGUCUGCAAGAGAUAA